AUGAUUAAAGACAACAAGCUAACCAUUGAAAACAUUAAUUACAAGUUAAUAAAUCAAGUAAGUGUACCAAAUGAAGCCAAUAAAAUUUGCGAAAUAAAGGAGUAUGCAGACAAAACUGCGAGCUAUUUAAACCCCGAUGCAACAUUUGAAAAACCAGCCUAUGGGUUAAAAGAUUUUAUGAACAAAAGCCAUUCGGCUGAUUCGUUGGAGAAUGGCGAAAUAAACCCUAAUAAUGUUAUCCUACAGAAGCAAAGUGCUAAUUAUGUAAAUAAAGCUAGUGGAGAGACCUUUAACGAAAUAAAUCAGCGGGGCUCCAGGAGUAGUGGCGCCAGUUUCCAUGCAGAUAUAAACGAUGACGUUAUGUCGUAUGUCAACAACAUAAGCAAGGAAAUAAACUCCAGUAGGGAUUAUGAAAUCGGCACGUGUAACAAUUUAUCCGGUGUGCACAUCCUAAAUGAUGCACACAUACACGAAAGGGAAGGCGUUUGGGGCGAGGUCCCCGCCAGUAAAGUUAAGUUAGCCACGCUAAACAUCGAUGGGAGUGUCGGCAGUGCCGGCAGUGCUCAGAAUGCCGCGCCCAGUUUAAUCCAAAAGUGCAACCGGGAAGGAGGCCUCGAUGAGCGUAGCGACGGGAAUCGCUCUACCAGCUCCGGCCGGUCGAAUAGGCCCUCUGUCGAAAGUAUCAACAAUGUGGUGGACCCUAUAGCGGGUAAAAGGAUCAUCACGCCUGGAGGGGCUAAAUCCCCAAGUAGGCAUGCCCACAAUGAGUGUAAGCCCCCCCCCAUGAUUGAACAGAUAUUUCAAAAAAGCAAAAGUGAAAACCCUGUGCUGAACAUCACCAGUGUUCACAACGAAGUUAACGUCGUCCCUACGCAUACCAAAGAGGAGGCACAAAAGGGAAACGAAAACGUAACCCCAAAAGGGAACAAAUUGGAAAUUUUUAAAAAUUAUUCACAUUACGAAAUUAUGAGUGUUUUGUGCACUAACUGGAAUAGGGGAAAACCUUCAGAGUGUUUUCCACCCCCAGGCGAUGUACCCCAAAGUGAGGAAAAAAUGAACGAUGAGAAAAAUAAAAAUGAAGAGAACGACUCGGCGAAGGUAAAAGUAUCCACAAAUGAUGGUAUGUGCCCUCCCCAAAAUGAUCUUUUCCAAAUAGGUGCCCAUUUAGAAAAUCCCAACGGCGCAACCCAAAGAAGGGAAGAAAUUCUACAGCUACUUCUACACAACGUAGAAAAGAAAGAGCUAGAUGACAUAACCAAAAAUUUAUCUUUUCUGAAAAGAAUGCAACAAUAUUUUUAUCAGAAAUAUAUUAACAUCAAAUUCCCAAAUGAUUCAAAUGACUACCACUAUUAUAUACACCUGGAUUGGUUUAACAAGUUGAAGGCCUUUAUCUUCACGCCAAAUGGGGAAUUCCCAGGCUGCAUCACGAACUAUAAAUUGUACAACGAUGAGGAGGCAGCCAAGGAGUCGGCCGAUUCGAUCGAUCAGAUCGCUCCCCAUAUGCUGAACAAAAAAGACAUGAAAAGCAAUUUGAAGGAGGGGAAAGAUUACAUAUGCACCAAUCAGUACAUGUGGCGAUUUUUACACUUCCUGUUUAGGGGAGGGCCCUGCAUUAAACGAAAUAGCAACAAUAUAUAUGACCGUUAUGUGCCCAUUUCAAAUCCUGAUCUUAUGAAUAAAAAUAUUAUCUAUUUGAUGGAGCCCAAAUACGUGGAGAAUUUAUUUUCCACUUUUAACUAUUCGAGUGAGGAGCUGUGGAGUGGCACUACUCACUCGAGGGACAAUUCAGACGAAGCGCGUAAGCCGCCUACCGAUGGAGUGUCACCAAGUGGUCCUUCCUCUCCGGCUUCCCCAAUCACUGCUCAUGCUCAGACCGCUUCCUCCAGCGAAGCGGCUAGAAAGCACCGCACCAAACAGUGCGCACACAACUAUUACGAGUUCUUGCACUUUUACGGGCUGAAGGAAAAGGACUACAGCUCUUCCUUUUUCCUCGAGUAUGACCAAUCCAAUCUCAGAAGCAUGAACAAAAUGAUCGAUUUGAAAAAUAAAAAUUCGUAUGAAAGUGUUUACUCAUUUUACUCGAAUGAAAAUGACACCUUCAGCGACAGUGACAUUCUACACAACGCCCCUGGCGCCAAUAGGAAAAGUGACCCCAGUGAAUUAUCAAAAAAGGAGACCCCUUCAGAGAAGGAAAAGAAUGGCAAUAAUUCCAGUGCGACUUCUGGUCCGAAUCGGACUGAGGCCACAUCUCUGGAGAGCGUGGACGCGGCCCGCGGCAUGUUGUCGCCCAAACAUCUCGCAAGGAACCUGAGCGACCACGUGAAGAGCGCCCCACUGGGUGAUAGCGGCGGUGGUAGUAACAGCGGAAAUGGUGGAAGUAGUAACGUAAAUGGUGGAAGUAGCAACGGAAAUGGAGGUAGUAGCAACGGAAAUGGAGGUAGUAGCAACGGAAAUGGCGGCAACAACGGCAGCAGUAACAACAGUAGCAGCAACAACAAUAAUAGUAGUAACAACAACAACAACAACAACAACAACAACAACAACAACAACAACAACAACAACAACAACAACAACAACAACAACAAUAACAAUAACAGUAAUAACAAUAAUAAUAAGAAUGACGCGCGGGAGGACCCGCAGAAGGACCCAAAGAAGCGCCAAGAGGAAAACCGGGAAAACCGGGAAAACGCGAAUGACAGCGCGAAGGAAACCACCCCCAGCAGAGGCGUGAAGAGGGAGAACCAGACCAACAACGCCACCUCCUACUUCGGCCCCAAGGCGAGCAUCGGCGCGCCCAACAUCCUAAGCCCCAACUACACCUACAAAAAAAGCAACGCAAGUAAAGCCAGCAGUAAUAAAGGUGGAAACCCAAGUGAUAAUCGGCCUAACAGUUCUGGCAAAGUGCUUUUAACCCCGCCUCCAAAAAAGAACUCCCUAGGCUGCCAUUCCUCAAACGGAAACGAAAUUUACAAGUCGUGCGAAGAGUACAAUGCUGACAAUGGGGAGGAGGCAUCCAGCAACGGCUAUUUGACAACCACCGAGACGGAAUCGAAGGGCACAACGGACAACAGCGUUAAAAGUGCUACCAGUUCACCCAAAGAGAAAGAUGAGCGGAAAAGGGAUGACCACAAAAUGAAGAAAAAGGAGGAUGCGGAAAAGGGACCAGUUGGUAAAAAUGAAAAUAAACAGAGAAGAGGCAGCAGCUGUAGUCAUGCCAGUGUUGGUAGUAGCGGUAGUAGCGCAAGCAGCAGCAGCAGUGGUAGCGGCGGCAGGAGCAGCGCCAACGGGGCUAUUCCCAAAAAAAUCUCCACGGAAAGGAAGGGUGCUACUGCCGAUGACAAAAGGGCAAAAAGGAGGGAAGAAUACGAAAAGAAGUUUAACAAAAACAAACAUCCAAUCACUGCUGGUGCGAACAAAGUCCUAGACAGGUUAAGUAACACGCUGAACACCGCCAACUUAAUGCUGAAGGGACAUAGUAGCUAUUCCAGCAACAGCAGCAGCUAUUGUGGGAGUAGCAGCGGGAGUAGCAUCGCAAGUAGCAACAACAACAGCAGCAAUGGAAGUAGCAAUUUUAGCAUUCGAAAUCAUGGCGUUUCGAACCGAAGCAUGUACAACGAUAAGGAACGAAUGAAAAAUAUGAUGGCACCCAGUAACCCCAAAAGAGAAAGCGAAUUCAACAACAAUAGCCUCAGCAUCAUAACGACGAAGGAGCACCCAGCCGGAAUUGUUAAUUACUCUGCUACUUGCUACAUCAACGUGGUUCUACAGUGCCUAUCUGUGUACUUUAAAUUAAUAUAUACCCUACAAAAUUACGUAAGCGUAAAAUAUAAGAGUAUGAAUUUUUCAAGUGAAGAUACAGACAAUAUGAAUUCCUCAUUUAUAAACAAAAAUUUCUUUACCAAUAGUAUCCCAUUUAACCUCUUUGGAAAUAAUAGUAAAAAAAAAGAUGAAUGUCUCUUGCUAGCAUUAUCACAUAAACUAUUUCAACUAAGCAAAAUGCACAACAAGGGAAAAGUACUCAAUGUUAAUAAGCUACUAAAUUUGCUGAAUGAUAAAUAUUCUUACCUCUUUGAAUAUAAUGAACAGCAAGAUUGCCAUGAGUUUCUUCUUCUCCUUUUUGAUUUCAUUCACAAUAUGAUGAAGGUAGUUGACGAAAAGGUGGACAAAAAUAACAAAAUUGAUUACUGUUUGAAGAAGGAGCAGUCCAUUAUCUCAGAUUUAUUUUUAGGCUUAAUUGAAGAGAAAAUUACGUGCUCUCAGUGUAGCUAUGUGAAUUAUGUGUACCAGACUGUGUACAACCUAAGUGUUAAUGUCUUCAAAAAAAAUGCAGAUAAUAAUUUAAAUGAUAAUUUGGUGGAGUACUUUAAAAAAGAGGAAGUAAAUUCUACUUGCGAAAAAUGUAAAUGUAAGAAGAUGUUUAAACACUCCUGUGUUUAUAAGCAGCCGAAUGUUCUCAUCGUUCAUUUGAUUCGUUUGCUGGAGGAUGGCUCCAAAAUCGACAACCCCAUAAAAUUUGACCUGAACAACUUUACCGUGCAAAACGUUUUGAAGAAAAAGAAUGGCCAGUACAUUGAGAACCCCAAGAAGUACAGCUUAUGUGGCGUUAUAGUUCACCGCGGGCUGAACUCGAACUACGGCCAUUACAUCUGCUACACCAAGAGGAGGCACUCCAAUGGCGCCACUGUGUGGUACAAGUUCGAUGACAGCAUAGUGACCGUCGUGGACGUUUCGGAAGUGGAGUCCGCCAAAGCCUAUUGCCUGUUCUACGAAGCCGUUAAUUAAGUGAAGUGAAGGGUUAACCCUUUCCCCCGUUAAGGGAAGUUCGUCUCCCCGGUGUUCCUCGGUUGUUACGCUAUCUACAUUGUUGUGUUGUGUUGCGUUGUGUUAUGUUGUGUUGUUUUUUUUUUUUUCUUUUUUUUAUAGUCCUAUGGUUAGUCGGCUCCGUUGCUACGAAGCAGUUCCACCGCACCUCAGCAGCGCAGUUCCACCGCCGCUCUACCGUUUUAAUGCCCCCCAUACACCUGUCUUAUGCCGCCGUUCACCCCCCUUCAUUUUAAAUUUACAUUUUAACGUAUUUCACUCAAACCGCAUGUUAAACUUGUUUAUUUUUUUUUUUUUUUUUUUUUUUUUUAUGACUUUAUUUGAAUCCUUUCCUUAGCAACUAUUUUUGAUAACCCAUCAUGGGUUGCGGGUGUGCAA